AACGUCAAGAAAUAGAUUAUUAUCGAACAUAACAAAAGUAAAACGGGAACGAAGACGUGUAAUUUUUCUCUGGUAAUUGUUUGAAUAAGGCGAUAAAAAUGAACACCGACGAUUUAUUAUCGUUUAAAGAGUAUUCACCCGUUCAUGAGUCACAGUCACAAGGUGGAAUACCUGAGAUCAACAUCAAUUCACCGAAUCGAAUGCGGUCACCGUAUCAGAAUGCCACAACGACAGUAAACCAGUCGACAACCAGUGACCCACUACAAGACCUUAUCAACUCAAUGAGUGCCAGUGUGAAUGUUCUACAGAAUGAUGAGCGCCAACGUGCUGCUCCGGCUGAUGACAUCAAUGAAAACCCACGAACCAAUCACUCGAUAUUCAGCAUUGAAUUCUAUCAAAAGUUCUUCGAUGUCGAUGCAGCAAUUGUUUAUGAACGGAUUAUGUCGGCGAUAAUUCCAAGACGUGCUCCGGUUAAUUAUAUGAAACAGGAUAUCGGAUCGAAUCCAGAUUUAUAUGGCCCAUUUUGGAUUUUCGUAACUUUGGUUUUUUCCAUCGCCAUCAGCGGCAACAUUGCAAGCUAUUUGCAACAGGCAAACACGAAUUACCAUUGGGUAUAUAAUUUCCAUUUGGUGUCGAUUGCAGCAACGACCAUUAUUGUUUACGUUAUACUGAUUCCAUUCGCAUUGUGGGCUGCAUUUAAAUUCACCGUGAGACCAGUUGACUCGGAUUUAAUUUCAGAAGAGAAUGGCAUUUACACACCCAGUUUCUUGUCUUUAAUAUGCAUAUAUGGCUAUUCGCUUGGUAUUUACAUUCCUGUGUCAGUUCUGUGGCUUAUUCAAAUCUCACUUCUACAGUGGAUACUUGUGUUUGGUGCGGCAUUGUCAACUGGAACCGUGCUCAUCAUCAUUUUAAGUCCAGCAUUACAAAAUUCAAGCAAAUCCGUUUUCCUAAUCAGUGGCAUUUUGAUUGUUCAUUUCCUUCUGGCUGCUGGGUUCAUGUUGAAAUUUUUCCAUACAGCACCAUCAACGGUCACUGCAUCAGCAUCUGCCAAUGUUACAUCAUAAUUGUGUUUGUUCAUCAUUCAAAUUUCUCGUCAAAACAGAUUAUGUGUUUACUGCAAGACAAAAGGAAAAUCCAUUUUUUUCGUGUGAUGUCCAAACAAUGUAUAUUUAAUUUUAUUUUUUAGCCGAAUAAAGAAAAGAAGCAUAAUUAUUACGAAUAUAUAUA